AUGAAACUGCUCCCUCAGACGGACCGAGUGGCCGCGGAUUCGAGGGACACACGCAAGAUAUGGUCGUGGGGCGGUGGUGAGAUUAUUACUGGAGACGGGCCAGAUUGGCGCGGAUCCAAAAGACUCUACAGGUUAUAUGCCAUUAUCUCUGGCUGCGGAGUAUGGAUGAGAGGCAGUGGUGAAUCUGUUACAGUAUAUUGGGAUCAAAAGUUGAAUAAUUCCAUGUACUGCGACCACGGAGGAUCUGACGCAAGUAAAGUGAUGGUUGUCGAUUUUGAGCAAGUCGAGUUUCCUACUUCAUUUCGCCCCUGGAAACUGGGCGUAAACAAUGAGGGCGCGCGAGCUUUGAUGGAUGACUUCAGAGACAUUCGGGACCGAUAUCAUGGAACCCCGCCUGCUAGGCCUUGGGAACAUGAACCCGACAGCCGCGACGACGAGAACAUGCCGAGGACAAUCCAGUCAAGUGUGAUUUCGCAGUCAAUGAAUUCGGGGAGCAUCGAGGCCCUGCGUUAUAUCGCGGCUUGA